AAAAACAUGUUUUUAUUACAACCCGUGGUAAAUUUCAAGUAAAAUCCACCUGGAAAUCAACCCACAAACUGAGCAGGCGCUAAAAUAUCGAACGAAUUUUAGUUUGAAAACGAGAUGCUGGGCGUGAAAAUCAACUGGAACCAACCCUGAUGAAGCAAAAAAGAUUUAUGUAGUUAUAAAAAGAAAAGAUUAUGUGGAGAACACAAUUAGCAUUGUUGGUGUGUUUAAUAAGUUUUUGCCAUGUCACUAAAGGUGCUAUUGAACAAAUAGAAGCAAAUCCCGACGCUAAAAGACUUUAUGAUGACCUAUUAAGCAAUUAUAACAGACUUAUUCGACCCGUUGGGAAUCACACCGAAACUUUAACAGUUUAUUUGGGGCUAAAAUUAUCUCAAUUAAUCGAAAUGAAUUUGAAAAACCAAAUUAUGACCACAAAUUUAUGGGUGGUACAGAAAUGGAACGACUACAAGUUGCGAUGGAACCCGGAGGAAUACGGCGGAGUUGAGAUGCUUUAUGUUCCAUCUGAACAUAUUUGGUUGCCUGAUAUAGUUCUUUUUAAUAAUGCCGAUGGAAAUUAUGAAGUAACUUUGAUGACAAAGGCUACUUUAAAGUAUACGGGGGAAGUUGAAUGGAAACCACCCUCGAUUUACAAGUCCAGUUGUGAGAUCAACGUCCAGUAUUUUCCUUUCGACGAACAGAGUUGUCUUAUGAAGUUUGGCUCAUGGACUUAUAACGGAUUACAGGUUGAUUUAAAACAUAUCAAUCAAAAAGAAGGAAGCAAUCGCGUUAACAUCGGUAUUGAUUUAUCAGAAUUUUAUUUAUCGGUUGAAUGGGAUAUUUUAGCAGUCCCAGCGACGCGAAAUGAAGAAUAUUACCCGUGUUGCCCCGAGCCAUUUUCAGAUAUAACAUUUAAAAUAACAAUGCGAAGAAAAACGUUAUUUUACACCGUAAAUCUAAUAAUCCCCUGCGUUGGAAUAACGUUUUUAACAGUCCUAGUUUUUUAUCUUCCAUCAGAUUCUGGAGAAAAAAUGACUCUGUGCGUUUCAAUUUUGCUUUCUUUGACAGUGUUUUUCCUUUUAUUAGCCGAAAUUAUCCCACCAACUUCUUUGGCUGUUCCACUUUUAGGAAAAUAUUUGCUCUUUACGAUGAUUUUGGUUACUUCUUCGAUUUGGGUUACGGUUUGUGUCUUAAACGUUCAUUUCAGAUCACCCUCAACUCAUAAAAUGUCACCGUGGGUUCGAAAAAUUUUCUUGGAAUGGAUGCCAAGGAUGUUAAUAAUGCGAAGAACAACGUAUUCAUUACCAGAAUACGACGAUAAUCAACCCCCGAGAGGUUUUACAACGAGCGAAUUAGAUAUGCAAUUAAACAUGGGUGAUCCUUUUACUUCCGAUUUUAAAAUUACAACGAGAGAACCCAGUUUUGUUUUACAAAAUCAAGAUCAAGAUGAUAAAAUUAAAGCGCACUCUUCAAGUUGGUUAAUUAAUUUGGUAUUUUCUUUUUUGAUUAGAAAUUAUUUUGUUUUAGUGACUUGCUCUUCUACAAUAACACCUAAAAUUCUUUCCGCUAACGUUUUGGCAGCUUUGGAAGGUGUUCGGUUUAUUGCCCAACAUAUUAGGGAUGCCGAUAAAGAUAAUGAGAUCGUUGAAGAUUGGAAAUUCGUUUCGAUGGUUUUAGAUCGCUUUUUCCUGUGGGUUUUUACUUUAGCUUGUAUCGGUGGAACUUGUGGGAUAAUUUUUCAAGCUCCUUCGUUAUACGAUACAAGAGUUCCCGUUGAUCAACAAUUAACUAAUAUCCCAAUUUCGAAAAUAUUCCAAUUACCCCCUUCUCACAUCCCCAUAAACACUUUAUAAGGAAUUAUCAGUAUUUAUUCCUUAAGUAGAAUAAAUUAAGAUCGUUAUGGAAUAAUAAUUUUUUUAUUAGCCUCCCACAGAAGCGAUAACAACGCUUAAAAUCGGACUCAUUUUAAAAUAUGUUCCUAAAAAAGAUAUUGUUUAUAAAUCUAUUUGGUUUUAUUGUUGCAUUGCGUAAGUUAUUUUUAAUUUAGCCUUUUAAACUAAAUUUAUUCAUCAUUUUGAUUUAGCCCCGGCGAUAAAACCAUGUUUUAAAUCAAAAAUGGUCUCAAAUAAAUGUUUACAAAAAAAUAUACCCUACAUAAUCUCAAAAUUGGGAGCAAAAGGCUACAAAAAUCUUGGAAUCCCACCGUUAGACCCACUCAUUCUAUCAGAACCCAUCAUUUACGACAUCCCUUUAGGAGUUAAAACCAAUCUUACACUAAACAACAUUCAAAUAAUCGGCCUUUCAAAAGUCAAUUUAAAAAACGUACGAUUUAGUUUGAGAAGAAAUAAAUUAAAGCUACGUUUAAGAUAUCCCACAUUAAAUACCACCCUAAAUUACGAUAUUGAUGGAUUUUUAACUGGAUGUGGUUCGAUUCAAUUAAAUUUAAAAAACGUCGAUGUCGCUUUAAAACUGAAUUUGGAUAUUUUAAAAUACGGAAAAGAAUUUAUUAAAUUACCCAAAACGAUUCGUAAAGGCCAAGAUAUUUUUGCGACAAGAAUCGGUGACGCCGAAAUUAAAUUUGAUGGUUUAAUUGAAGAUGAGAUAUUACAACAAGGUUUUAAUCGAAUUUUAAACGAUUAUUUUUUGGGUUUAUAUCAUUCAACGAAAGAAGGAGUCAUGCUGAUGCUUUGGGAUGUUUUGUACAAUUUCAUUCAACCAAUUUUGGAUAAAACACCGCUUGAUUUAAACGAUUAAAAAAUUCUUAAUCUAACAAGAUUACAUAAAAAGUUUAAA